AGAGAGGGGAACGCUUAAGUGAUUGGCUGCUGAGCUUAGAGGCGGGACUUCACGGACGCGCUCCCCGUUCAUAGGUUGGGACGUGGGAGAGUUCCGGAGAGCGCGCGUUGAAACUGUGGCCAUGGAGGAAACCAGCGGCUUCCGGAAGGAGCUCGUGAGCAGACUACUGCAUCUUCACUUCAGGGAUUGCAAGACUAAAGUCAGUGGGGACGCACUGCAGCUCAUGGCAGAGUUCCUGAGGAUCUUCGUAGUAGAAGCUGCUGCCCGCGGGGUCUGCCAGGCCCAGGCAGAGGACCUCGAUGUUGUGAAUGUGGAUCAGCUGGAGAAGGUGCUGCCUCAGCUGCUGCUGGACUUCUAGAGGUUGCACCGUGGCCUGAAAAGCCCAGGAUGAAUUCACACAAGCACUGACACCUAGUUCCCAAGUUCUCUGGCUUCCAAAGGAUGCGAAGAUACCAGCAGCUGUUACCCUUCCUAGUUAUUGCCUCUGGGGGUUGUUCUGAGACAGGUGCAGGGACAUGUGGACCAGCCUGCCUCCAGCCACAGCCCCCCACCCCCAGCCCGCCCUCCAGCUACAGCCCCGCCCCCAGGCUUUCAUUAUAAACAAACCAGCUGCUGGCAAUGCUGCCUCCCUGCCACCCUACAUCAAAGCUGCUGGGUAGCUUUCUAGCCACCUGACCCCCCACCCCCAGGACGCCUCCCUGAGCUGUAAAUUUGUUCUUACAAAGCAACAUCUAAAUCAACACCAUCUCUCUGA